GUAGGGUAAAUGAUUUGAUCCAAAAACAUUUUUAGUUAUGCUGGUUAAAAGUCUCCUCACAUCCUGAUAGCAAUCAAUAUGUUAAGAUGUUCAAAUGUAUUUGUAAAAAUUUAUGUCAUCUGUGAAAGGCGUAGAACCAAAAAAUGUUCAACCAACCAUAGAUUUCGGUCCGAACGGACGUUUCCAUUUUUGUCCAUGAUACGUAAGCGUAAUUUGAAUGCCACCGCACAAACGUCAUCAUCAGCGCGUGCACAACAGGUCCGCUGUGUGCAAGCAAAGGGAGAAUGACAGACCAACAGCAGCAACCAAACUGUCCCACUGAACCUGCAAAAAGUGGAACUAAAAGAAAACACGUUUUUGAUAAAGUGAUGAACAAAAAACGUCUGGAUCAAGAAAGGGGGAAAACUCGAAUUAAUAUCGGUGUAACUGCCUUUCCACGAUGGAGGCAACUGCGUGAGGCAAAGUGUUUACAAAACGAUGCCAUGGUUGCACUGUUCCUUUUAGACAGUUACGAGCAAACUACUACGUCUACACCUUUGGUGCAUGGAUUCGCGAGGCCACCAGCGCCGGAUGUUUCUACAAUUUUUUCCGACUCUACAUCUACGUACAAACAUGGGACUAAUUUCAAUAUCGCUGGAAUACAGCAAUUUGAAAGCAGCGAAUCUGAAGAGGCCAGCAGUCAUGAUUUGGAUACAAAUACAUAUGUACUUGAAAGAGAUGUCGCUGAUGACUUUAAUGACAUUCGCAAUACAAUUAUUGACUGGGACGAUGACACAUGGCAUCCAGAUAUGGAGACAGAGACUUCAGAAUCUUCAGAAGAAUAUGACACCAAAGAAAUUGAUUCUGAUUCUGAUGACAGUGAUGCUGACUACUGUCCACGCAUUUGUGUCCGGUCUAGGUAUACUUCAAAGAUGCCCAUUCACUUGGAUGACAUUCAGCCUAUCAGCAUGGAAGAUACAGUCCACGAUGCUUUGGAUUCCCAUGAGCCACAUAUAACUGAGACGCCUACAUCCAAAGAGUCACUUAAAGUCCUGGUUGUGGAUGAUGUAAUAGGACAUCCAGCAUCCAUAGCUUACCAUGACUCUCUGAAGCAACUAGCCCAAUUCCUUGAUUUACCAAUCCAAACAUGUAAAGCUAAAGAGUGUGGAGCAUCUAAACCAUUUGAAAUCAGUGUGACAUCCAGGGGCACAGCUGCUGUUAUUGAAUGGGUAUGUUCUUCUGGUCACACUGUGUGGAAAUGGUCUUCACAGCCCACUAUGAAAUACGGCAUGCUAGUCGGGGACUUCAUGAUGGCCACAAACAUACUGCUUUCAGGCAACAACUAUGCCAAAAUAUCACUUCUCUUCAAAUUUAUGAAUAUGGGCAUGGUAAAGAAGCCAGUUUUCUUUAAGAUACAGGACACCUACUGUGUUGACACCAUAAAAGAAUUCUGGCAUUCAAAGAGAGCUGAAGUCAUCAACCAGUUAAAGUCCAAAGAAUCUAUAGUAGUACUAGGAGAUGCUAGGAUGGACAGUCCAGGGUUCUGUGCACAAUAUUGCACAUACUCCUCCAUGGACAACGAGACCAAAAAAAUAAUCUGCAUGGUCAACAUUGAUAAACGGGAAACGCAGAGGAACUCGGUGAUAAUGGAAAAGGAAGGCUUUAUUCGCAGCUUUGAAACUCUCUGUCACGAGCUCCAGGUUACAGAAUUUUGCACAGAUGCACAUGCCCAAAUAUCUGCCCUCUUCAACAAAGGGAAAUACAAAGAUAGUGGCGUCAUGCACACACUGGACAUAUGGCAUGGUGCUAAAUGCUUAGGCAAAAAAGUUUAUACGGCAGGGCAGCAGAAGGACUGUACUAUUUUACAGAGCUGGAACAAGGACAUAUGUAACCACUUUUGGUAUUGCUGCAAGGUAGCAGACACCUAUGAUGAUUUCUUUGACAAAUGGGUAGGACUCCUGCACCACGUUACAGGAGAACAUGCGUGGGCCCUUGGAGCAUGUGACCAUGGUCCCUUGCUGGAGCAGAGAGAUAAGGAGUGGUUUGAAAAAGGUUCCAAGGCACAUCAGACUCUGACGCGCAUUAUUCUGGAUGCACGAUGGCUGAAAAAUGUGCACAAGUUCUUACCUUUCAGGUCAACUUCUGAACUGGAGUCGUUCCAUAAUCACCUACUUAUGUAUGCCAGCAAGCGCUUCAGUUUUUCCCCUCCUGUAUACGCAGCACGCACCAUGCUUGCUGGCCUGGACUACAAUCACCACGUUAACAGACCAGUUAGGAGAAAAGCUGAUGGCUCCAUACAGUAUGGAAAGAUUUACAAUAAAAGAUCAAGAAGGUGGAGGUUAUACGCGCUAAAGGAGGAGAAAAACUACAGCUACAUUGCUGAUUUGCAGGGUGCUAUCGUGAUGAAAAGGUUAUCGGGUUCUGAGAGAGUACAACAGAGAAGACCCCCAAAGCCAGGUGAUCCACGUCUGCUCGGUGUUCUGAGUGGUGUCCCAGCCCCAUCCACACAGGAGCUGUUGCAAACACAGAUGAGCAGAGGGACAGGGCAAUCGCUUCAAAACCAGUAGAUCGUAUCAGCACACAUGGACAACUUGGUCAAUCGUUCAACCUUCUAGAUCUACUGACCACAUACCUGGUUUAGCGUGUGUAUAUACAUGUAUAUUAGUGUGUGUGUGUGUGUGUGUGUGUGUGUGUGUGUGUGAUAUACUCUAUUUUUCU